AUGACUAAUUAUUGGAAGAACAAGAACUUGUACACCAGUUACUUUCAGUUCAACAUCUGCCGUCUAUGUGCCACCGAAUGUGACUCUUUGACUCCAAUUUUCGGAAACUGUAAUGUUAAUGAGACACUUGACCUGAAAAUAAAGAAAUACCUCCCAGUCAUUAUGGUCCAAGAAGAUGACAUUAAGCCGAAGCAGAUCUGUGCAUCUUGCAUUUCAAAAUUAAAUCUUUACUCAGGGCUCAUAGACUCAUGCAUAGCAGCUGACCAGAAAUUUGAGGUAUUGAUCCAAAAAGCCUAUAGUUCGACAUCCUGUUAUCCCAUGCAGAUUCAGGAUGUAAAUUUUCCUAGUCAACCUGCAUGGGAUGUGGAAACAAGCACAAAAUCAGAAGAAAAAACUGAUGUCUUAUUAAUUGAAAACUUGGACAAUAUGAAUAAAGCACCAGAACAAGAAUAUGUAGUCAUGGUUGAGCUUAAAUAUAAGGAUAAUUUGCCCCAAGGGGGUAGGAACUUCAAUGAAGGAAAUGUAAUUCCUGACAACAACGUAGAGACUAUUGUUACUUACGUAACGAGUGACAAGGGCUUAGGUGCAGAUAAUGGCAAUACGUCUCUUACAAUUGAUAACUGUUCUCUAGCCAUCAAUUCGGAAUCAGAGUUGGAAACAGAUCCAUCCAAACUUGAUCUAGUCAUUAAAAAUGAUUUUGAACCAACAUACUGUAAUCUAGUCAGUAGGUCUUUCAAUGACACUCCCUCAAAUCUAAUUAGUAAUAUGUACCAAUCAAAAGAGAAAGGUGCAUCAUUGGUUGAUCUGCCAGAAGCGCAGGUCUUAAAUGCAUCUGUAACUGAUGAACAGAGUGUGGAGACUCCAGCAUUGGAUGGGAAAAGAUACAAAUGCACGACUUGCGACAAAUCAUUUGCCCGUAAAUCUCGGUGCAAGGCUCAUAUCAUAUCACACUCAAAAUCACGUCCUUUCAACUGCGAGAACUGUGGAAAGAAUUUCUUCACAAAAUGGGAGUGUAAACUGCACGAACGGAUCCACAUAGGUACGCUAAAAUGUGAGUUUUGUGGCAAGGCAUUCUCUGUCCGCAACAAACUCGAACGACACCGACGGAUUCACACAGGAGAAAAACCGUUUGCUUGCAAAUAUUGCGUUAAAUCGUUUGCUGAUAAGCGUAACCUGGAUAAUCAUCUAAGGACUCACACCGGUGAACGGCCUUACAAGUGUCAAACUUGUGAUGAUCGCUUCAGAACUCUAACGCACUUGAAAGAUCACCAAACUGUUCACACAAAAGAGACUCCCUUUAGUUGUUAUUUAUGUAACAAGCGUUUCAAGUGGAAGACAAACUUGCAGAUCCACCUGAAAAAGCAUCCCUCCAAAGAUGCAAACUCUGCUCUGUUAAAUAUUUCUCCUUGUAGCCAAAUGGCAAGUGGAAUGAGCAAUCUUGAUACAACUGUUUAG